GAUUAUCACAAACAGAAGUUUUUGCAGCAGCAGCUCAUUUGUUUAAGACAAUGCAUUAUUCAAAAGGUUCCAACAUGGUAGCAGAACUUAAAGAAUCAAAAUUAAGAUUAUCAUCAUGGUCGAUUGAUAAAAAUAACAUCAAUUCUAAUUUAAAAGAAAUUUGA